AUGAGACCAAUCGUUUUAAUGGGUCACGAGCGUCCUUUAACGCAAGUCAAGUAUAACAGAGAAGGUGAUUUGAUUUUCACAUGUUCAAAAGAUAGUUCUGCCAGUAUUUGGUAUUCCAAUAACGGUGAAAGAUUAGGUACGUUAGAUGGUCACGCAGGUACUAUCUGGUCCAUUGAUGUAGACUCCUUCACUAAGUAUUGUGUCACUGGUAGUGCUGAUUAUAGUGUCAAUGUCUGGAACGUGGAAAAUGGUCAAGUGGUUCACACAUGGAAAUCUCCAGUUCCUGUAAAAUUUGUGGAAUUUUCACCAUGUGGUAACUACGUUUUAGCUAUUCUAGAUAACGUUAUGAGAAAUCCAGGUUCCAUUAACAUCUAUCAAGUUAAGAGAGAUGAAUCUAGUCACGAAAUUGUAGAAUUUAUUGAAGAACCAAUCCAUCAAAUUAUUACCCAAGAAGGUUUAAAUGCAGCUGCCGUAGCAGGUUGGUCAUUUGAAGGUAAAUAUAUCAUUGCAGGCCAUAAGGACGGUAAAAUUAGUAAAUAUGACGUUACAAAUAAUUACCAAUUUAUCGAUUCCAUCGACUUACAUAAAGCAAACGUCUCCGAUAUUCAAUUUUCCUUAGAUAGAACUUAUUUCAUUACUGCAUCAAGAGAUUCAAACUCUUUCAUAGUGGAUUGUGAAACUUUAGGAACUUUAAAAACUUACGAAACUGAUUGUCCAUUAAACAGUGCAUGUAUAACACCAUUGAAAGAAUUCGUCAUAUUAGGUGGUGGUCAAGAUGCCAGAGAUGUUACUACCACCAGUGCCAGUGAAGGUAAAUUUGAAGCAAGAAUCUAUCAUAAAGUGUUCGAGGAAGAAAUCGGUAGAGUUAAAGGUCAUUUCGGUCCAUUAAAUUACGUUGCUGUUAGUCCUCAAGGUACUUCUUACACAUCUGGUGGUGAAGAUGGUUUAGUCCGUUUACACCACUUUGAAAAGAACUAUUUUGAUUUCAAAUAUGAUGUCGAAAAAGCUGCAGAAGCUAAAGAACAUAUUCAAGAAGAUGAAGAAUAA